AUGGUCUCCACUACUAUCAACUUCUCCGGCCUCAUGUGCCUCGUUCUUGCUCUCGGCCCCGCCAACGUCCUCUCCGCUCCCCAGCUGCCCGGUCUCCCAUUCCCCGAGAUCAGCAACCACGGUCCCGAGACAACCAGCGACGGCCUAGGCAACAGCGAGACCUCCGCCGGCAGUGGCAUGAGCGCCAGCAUCCCAGGUGGUCCUUAUGCGAAUCUCGGCGCCGGAUUCCACGACGUCCACCGUGGCCCCUGCGGCCCUGACUCAGGCGAUGACUGGAGUGCCGGCGCCGGUAUGUCCGCUGGUAUCCCCGGUGGCCCUAGUGCCAGCCUCGGCAACGGCGUGCACCACCACGAAGAUGGCUACCCUUGCCCUGAGCCUCCUGCCCCUGUUGUCGUGCCCGUCACCACUGUCAACCCUCCCGCUGUUGUUGUUGUGCCCACUACCACCGUCAACCCUCCUACCGAGUUUGUUGCUCCUACCACUGAGCCUGUUGCGCCUACUUGGACUGCCAUCACUGCCAUCCUCCCUCCCACCUUCACCACCCCCAUCUCUGCCCCUCUCACCACCGCCCCGGCCGCAUGGGCACCCGCCGUCCCCAGCAUGCACUCCACCCCUCUGAUCCACCACGCCGCACCCACCGCAUCGGCCUCGCCUUCCGCUGUGCCUUCCCCCGUGUUCAACGCCGGCUCAUCUCUGGUUCCUGGAUCCGUCCUCGCAUUGGCUCUUCCCGUCAUCCUGGCUUUCUUCCAGUAA